AUGGCGGACGCAGCAUCCACAUCCGCACCGGCGCCGGCCGCAGCUGGUGCUGCCGCUGCUGAGCCGACUACUGCGCGCGACAUUUCGCGAGACGGUGCCAAGAUCGCCGACAUGGAAUACUACGACCUCCUCGGCGUUCGCGGCGACGCUUCCGAUCUCGACCUCAAAAAGGCGUACCGCAAGGCGGCCAUCAAGAAUCAUCCGGACAAAGGAGGUGACGAGGAGACCUUCAAGAUGAUUGGCGAAGCAUAUCGCGUUCUGAGCGACAACCACCUGCGUGCCGACUACGACAAGUACGGAAAGAAGAAGCCCACAGACGAAGUCGGACUCAAAGAGGCCACCGACAUGUUUGGCAGCUUGUUCGGCGGUGAACGCUUCAUGGACCUCAUCGGCGAGAUCAGCCUGAUCAAAGACUUUGGCAAGGCGUCCGAGAUUAUGAUGACGGAGGAGGAGAAGGAGGAACUCGAAGCCCAGAUGAAGGCGGAGCACAAAAAGGCAAAUCCUUCCGAAACCCCCGCCGCCGUCGAUGCCAUCAAGACCGAUCUGCCUGCAGAUGCAGCAACGGCUGGAGACGCUGCUGCACGAAAAGCUGCUGAGGCCGGAGCGACGUCGGAGGAGAUCGCCGAAGCGAAGAAGAAGGAGGAUGCAAAGCAGAAGCAAAAGCUGACACCAGAGCAGAAGGCCAAACUCGAGGAGCUCGAAAAGGAGAAGGAGGAGAACGAACGCAAGCGAGUCGAGGAUCUCGCCGAAAAGCUCAAGGAGCGCAUCCGACCCUUUGUCGACGCACGCAAGCCCGGCGACAAGGACGACUCGCAGACGCAGAUCUUCGAGCGCAAGAUGAAGGAGGAGGCCGAGGAUCUCAAGCUUGAGUCGUUUGGUGUCGAGCUCCUCCAUGCUAUCGGCAACAUCUACGUCAUGAAGGCCACCACAUGGAUCAAGACCAAGAAGCAUAGCAUGCUCGGCUUUGGCGGCUUCAUGAGCCGCAUGAAGGAGCGCGGUGCGGUGGUAAAGGAGACGUGGGGCAUGCUUGGCUCCGCGCUCAACGUCAAGGCAUCCAUGGACGAGCUUGCGCGCCGCCAGGAGAAGGGAGAGAUUCCGGAGGACGAGUUGCGCGCUCUCGAGCAAGACAUGAGCGGCAAGAUGCUGCUGGCUACCUGGAGAGGCACUCGAUUCGAGAUCUCGGGCAUCCUCCGACAGGUGUGCGACAAGGUUCUCAACGAAAAGGGUGUCAGCGACAAGGUGCUCUUCAACCGCGCGCAAGCCAUCUUGUUCCUCGGGAUGAUCUACAAGGCGGUUCAGCCCGACGAGAGCGACGACGAGCGACGCGAGCUCGAACGACUCGUCGCCGAAGCAGCCGGCAAGAACAAGAAGAGGGGCAAAAAGGACAAGAAGGUCAGCGGUACCACCACACCUUCCACGGGCGCUGCCGCCUCAGCAUCGGCCUAG